GACUGGCGUGAACAACAGCCAAUGAGGAGCUGGCAGAGGCGUGGCCCCGGGCGUCCCACGAGGUGAAGAUGCUGCGAGCGGAACCUGCCCGAGCGAGCGGGAUUCGGGGGCGCUGAAGUCGCAGGGGCAGGGCGGGAAGGAAGAUCCGGAGCGGGGCGCAGGAUCCGGAGCUGGAGCCCCCAGAAUUUUUCCUCCGUGAAAAAUCGAGCAGGUCUGGACAAGUGAGGCCAGCUCCAUGUAUCCAGAAUCGACGACGGGCUCCCCAGCUCGGCUCUCCCAGCGGCAGACAGGCUCCCCCGGGAUGCUCUACAGUACUCGGUAUGGGAGUCCCAAAAGACAGCUCCAGUUUUACAGGAACCUGGGCAAGUCCGGCCUGCGAGUCUCCUGCCUGGGGCUCGGAACCUGGGUGACCUUUGGAGGCCAGAUCACCGAUGAGAUGGCCGAGCAGCUGAUGACCUUGGCCUACGACAAUGGCAUCAACCUCUUCGAUACCGCAGAAGUCUACGCAGCCGGCAAGGCCGAAGUGGUUCUAGGGAACGUCAUCAAGAAGAAGGGCUGGAGACGGUCCAGCCUCGUCAUCACCACCAAGAUCUUCUGGGGAGGAAAAGCGGAGACCGAGAGGGGCCUUUCCAGGAAGCACAUAAUAGAAGGUCUGAAGGCUUCCCUGGAGCGGCUGCAGUUGGAGUAUGUGGACGUGGUCUUUGCCAACCGCCCAGACCCCAACACACCCAUGGAAGAGACCGUACGAGCCAUGACGCACGUCAUCAACCAGGGGAUGGCCAUGUACUGGGGCACGUCGCGCUGGAGCUCCAUGGAGAUCAUGGAGGCCUACUCCGUGGCCCGGCAGUUCAACCUGAUCCCGCCCAUCUGCGAGCAGGCCGAGUACCACAUGUUCCAGCGCGAGAAGGUGGAAGUGCAGCUGCCCGAGCUGUUCCACAAGAUAGGCGUGGGCGCCAUGACCUGGUCCCCUCUGGCCUGCGGCAUCGUUUCCGGGAAGUAUGACAGCGGCAUCCCACCCUACUCGAGAGCCUCCUUGAAGGGCUACCAGUGGCUGAAGGACAAGAUCCUGAGCGAGGAGGGCCGGCGCCAGCAGGCCAAGCUGAAGGAGCUGCAGGCCAUUGCCGAGCGCCUGGGCUGCACCCUGCCCCAGCUGGCCAUAGCCUGGUGCCUGCGGAACGAGGGUGUCAGCUCCGUGCUCCUGGGCGCCUCCAACGCCGACCAGCUCAUGGAGAACGUGGGGGCGAUUCAGGUCCUUCCAAAACUGUCGUCUUCCGUCAUCCACGAGAUCGAUAGUAUUUUGGGCAAUAAACCCUACAGCAAAAAGGACUACAGAUCCUAAGACGCCCCGCCCACCUGCUCGGACAGUCCCCGUCUCCCUCCUAGUCUUUGUUUGCUCGCUUAAGCUGUUCCGAAGCCAAGUGAAGAGUGUGGUUCACAUCAAAGAGAAAACACUCGCCGUGAUGUCAUCGGGAAAUGAUCUCCCACGUCGCUGCCAGACACCACCCACUGCUUCGCCAGACCACGUGGAAGUCGCAUUUGUGCCCCAGAGGCCUUGGUUAGGAAGGACGUUCAAGCAGUCCCACCCAAGCCUGUCGCCUCUGCUCAUCCUCCCGGAAAAGACCACCCAGCUGUCUCCCAGCAUCAGCCCUUCACGGCGAUUCCCGAAGUCAAGGCCAGGCCAAGGCCUGGUGGGGUCUUCCAGGCGGGCAGGGCCGGCCUCUCCUCUGCCAGGUCCCCUGCCUGGUGUUGGGGGAGGGGAAGAGGGAUCUGGCCCUUCCAGGGGCCCUGGUCAUUGGGCGGGGCCUCCCCGCUGGGGAUCUUCCUCAACCUCCCUCUUCCCAAGGGCUCCAGCUACUUUCUGGGGGCCCUGACCCCAGAUUCCUCCCCGAUCCUUCUAUGCCCUGACCUGCCCACUGGGCCUCGGCAGGGGCACAGCCACCUAGCUGGCCUUGGCCUCCCACCCUCAUUGGCAGGGGCAGGGACCCCAGAGGGAGUGGCUGUGUGGUUUGGGACCCACAGUUCAGGGCUCGGAUUGCUAGCCCCGCAGGCUUCCUCCCUGCGCACCAGUGAGGAGCCCAUGCCGGGAAGCCUGGAGCACUCAGGAAGGGCCCAGAGGAAUGGGCCCCUCUGUCCUUGCCCCGGAAGGCCUGUGGCUGUGCACUCAGAGCUGGAUAUGGCUGCUGACCACAUAUGGCAGGUGGCAGCAGGCAGGGCCCAUGUGCACAAGGACAUGCUCCUCUUGGUCCGCACAGACCCUCCUCUAAAACCACCCCCACCCCAGGCCUCUGUUGUGCACCGGGGUGGUGGGCUUGGGUUUUGCAGAGAGAUGCUUAGACCCUUCCGGUAAAGGAAGGUCCCUGGGGUUCUCUGAGCUGCAGGCCCAGGGGCUGGGGUGGUACCCCCAGCAGCAGCCCUACAAAGUAGGGGAAGACCUCAGGGACCCUCUCCCUAGAGAGAGGGCUGGGGUUGACCCGUCCCUUCCACACCACCCCCGACCUGGAACAGGUGGGGAGAGGGAGGGAGGACAGGACAGGCCCAGGUCAGCCCCUGUGCAGCCCGGGGUGGGGAGAUGCUGACGCCAGCAAACCUGCAGGUGGGGGUCACCUGGAGGCCCCGUCCUGUGGUCCCUUGUGGGCUACAGGGGGCAGAACCCACCCCUGCCGCACCCUUUGCCUGCGGACCCUGUGCCUCCUGCCUCAGUGUGUCCCUGGCCAGGCACAGCUGCUCCUGCUUCGCCCCCAGAGGAGCUGCCGUUCUGAGCGGGCCCCUCCCCGGCCAGUCCGGGCCAGGCCAGGCCUGAGAAAGUGCUGAGAGAAAGCCACAGAUGCAGGGGCGGGGCCGGGGAGGGAAAUGGCUUCCUCCUUUCCCAACCCACCUUCCCGCUGACCCUGGAGUCCAGAACCUUGGCCCUCCUCCUAGACCAAAUCCCUGGGGGGUCUUCUCCGCCAAGACCUGCCAGAGCAGCCCUGGGGGUGUGCGGAGGGGCGAUGCCUCCCCCGCCCCGGCAGAGGUCUCAGCCUGUGGCACCACACGGGGCUCAGGUGCCUGCUCCCAGGACAGCCCUGCCGGGGCAGGUGCUGCCGAAGGACCAGAUGGCCCUCCCCUCGCUGGCAGGGAGGUGGCUGGUCCCCGUCUGCACAGCUGUCCCCAGCCCUGUCCACCGUUAGAAGAUGGACCAGGGCGUGUGGGUGCCGGUGGGGCUGCUGCUCCCCGUGGGCCACACCUAGGAGAGUGGAGCCCCCGCUGGCUGUGUGUUUGCCACACAGAGGGGGACAAGAGCCCUAGGGUGAGCUCUGCCAAGGCCCAAGUGCCCGGCGCCCAGGACCCAGGCAGCCUCCCAGCCCAGCACUUCCCGCAAGCGGGUUCGAGGGUGUCUUGCUCCACGUCCACUAACAGGGCAGGCAGGGGCUCUGCUUCCUGGGGGCAGGUCCCCCAGCUCAGGAGGGGUGGGAUGGGGGGGGAGGUGUCAGGUGUGGCCAUCGGAGGAGGAAGACCACGGGCAGUCAGAGCCUGGGAGGGCAGCGCUGGCCCCGGCUGGGCCCACUAUCCCGCCCCAACCCAUGGUCCAACCCCAGGUCCCGAGGAAUGACAGGGCCGUCCUCCCCUCUUCCAUCCUCGUCCAGUCAUGUAAAUACUGUGCUUCUCUCCCCCUUUUUUUUAAUGACUGUGGUUCCUCAGCUGAUUGCAUUCCCCACCUAGGCAGAGACUGCCACAUGCCUCGAGCUUCCAAAGGAGACUCAGACCGAGACAGCCACCGUACCCAUGGAAUGACAAAAUAAAGCCCAAGCCCCUCCAUCUCC